GUCGGCGCACCCGGGAGAAGCAAGUGGGGGGAAGGGAGCCCGAUAAUGGCGGCCAGGAGUAGAGAGCGCCGCGGCGGCUCUGAGACACCUUGAAGAUGGUGAGUAGCCAGCCAAAGUACGAUCUAAUACGGGAGGUUGGUCGUGGCAGCUAUGGUGUGGUAUAUGAAGCGGUAGUGAGGAAAACAUCUGCGCGUGUUGCUGUUAAGAAGAUUCGGUGCCAUGCUCCAGAGAAUGUGGAAUUAGCCCUACGUGAGUUCUGGGCACUUAGCAGUAUCAAGAGCCAACACCCAAAUGUUAUUCAUCUAGAGGAAUGCAUUUUACAAAAAGACGGCAUGGUGCAGAAGAUGUCCCAUGGUUCCAGCUCCUCACUUUAUUUACAGCUUGUAGAGACCUCCUUGAAAGGUGAAAUUGCCUUUGAUCCCAGAAGCGCCUACUACCUUUGGUUUGUGAUGGAUUUCUGUGAUGGAGGUGACAUGAAUGAAUAUCUCCUGUCCCGAAAGCCCAGCCGUAAGACCAACACCAGCUUUAUGCUUCAGCUCAGCAGUGCCCUGGCUUUCUUGCACAAGAAUCAGAUCAUCCACCGUGACCUCAAGCCUGACAACAUCUUGAUCUCUCAAAGUAGGAUGGAUGCUAGUGACUUAGAACCCACUUUGAAAGUAGCUGAUUUUGGGCUGAGUAAAGUUUGCUCAGCUUCAGGACAAAACCCUGAGGAGCCAGUGAACGUAAACAAAUGUUUUCUUUCUACAGCUUGUGGCACAGACUUCUACAUGGCUCCUGAAGUUUGGGAGGGUCACUACACUGCCAAGGCAGACAUCUUUGCAUUGGGGAUUAUAAUCUGGGCGAUGCUGGAAAGGAUCACUUUCAUAGACACAGAGACAAAAAAAGAACUGUUGGGGAGCUAUGUUAAGCAAGGGACUGAGAUUGUGCCUGUUGGAGAAGCGUUGCUGGAAAAUCCAAAAAUGGAACUACUCAUUCCCGUUAAGAAAAAGACGAUGAAUGCUCGUAUGAAACAGCUGAUUAAGGAAAUGCUUGCUGCUAACCCACAAGACCGCCCAGAUGCUUUUGAAUUAGAACUCCGGUUAGUCAAAAUUGCUUUUAAAGACAGCAACUGGGACACGUGACCUCUGGAGUACUUUGCCCUUGUGGUAGAGUUUUGUCUGUAACAAUGGUGCAGCAUUUUGUGGAAGCAAAAAAAGACUAACCCAAA